UUUUUUUUUGUGUGAGUCUCUGGGUAAUUGGAGGUGGAGGGUGGAAGCGUUUGAGAUAAAUGUGGACGUAAGCCUCAUCCAAUCAGUGCUGUGUGGGCGGGGCUGUCACCUUGGUUACCAGACAACAAGAAGCCUGCAGAGUUUAGGGAGUGAAUGGCACGGACAGCGCAGCCACCAGAGGUCAUGCUGCUACUGUAUCCCCACCUUUAGCCCUGCCCACGAGGAGUCUUGCAACCUCUUAAUUUCUGUGCCCCACCAAUAUUAAAUGUAGCCAUGGCUAAAGAAGUGAACUUCCAGGACGUCCUCCAAUCCUCCGACGAUGACAUCAAGAAGUACAAGCAGCGGGAUCUCUCCCAGACACUCUUCUUCAAGGUGGCUUGCAGAACUUUUGGACCACCGAAGUCAAGGACGCGGCGCAUCAUUGCCCCUCCAAUGCAGAAAGUGGAGUCUGACCCAUUGAAUCUUACAGGAAAGCCAAUGGAAGCUUCCAGAGUUGGCGCUAAACCAGGGGAUGAGAAGAUCCUGCGGACCAAGGUGGAUGGGCAGAUCCUGGGGACCAAGGUGGAUGAGAAGAUCCUGGGGACCAAGGUGGAUGGGCAGAUCCUGGGGACCAAGGUGGAUGAGAAGAUCCUGAGGACCAAGGUGGAUGGGCAGAUCCUGGGGACCAAGGUGGAUGAGAAGAUCCUGGGGACCAAGGUGGAUGGGCAGAUCCUGGGGACCAAGGUGGAUGAGAAGAUCCUGGGGACCAAGGUGGAUGGGCAGAUCCUGGGGACCAAGGUGGAUGAGAAGAUCCUGGGGACCAAGGUGGAUGGGCAGAUCCUGGGGACCAAGGUGGAUGAGAAGAUCCUGGGGACCAAGGUGGAUGGGAAGAUCCUGGGGAACAAGGUGGGUGGGCAGAUCCUGGGGACCAAGGUGGAUGGGCAGAUCCUGGGGACCAAGGUGGAUGGGCAGAUCCUGGGGACCAAGGUGGAUGGGCAGAUCCUGGGGACCAAGGUGGAUGAGAAGAUCCUGGGGCACAAGGUGGAUGGGCAGAUCCUGGGGAACAAGGUCGGUGGGCAGAUCCUGGGGACCAAGGUGGAUGGGCAGAUCCUGGGGACCAAGGUGGAUGGGCAGAUCCUGGGGACCAAGGUGGAUGGGCAGAUCCUGAGGCACAAGUUGGAUGGGCAGAUCCUGGGGACCAAGAUGGAUGGGCAGAUCCUGAGGCACAAGUUGGAUGGGCAGAUCCUGGGGACCAAGGUGGAUGGGCAGAUCCUGAGGCACAAGUUGGAUGGGCAGAUCCUGGGGACCAAGGUGGAUGGGCAGAUUCUGGGGACCAAGGUGGAUGGGCAGAUUCUGGGGACCAAGGUGGAUGGGCAGAUCCUGGGGACUAAGGUGGAUGAGAAGAUCCUGGGGCACAAGUUGGAUGGGCAGAUCCUGGGGACCAAGGUGGAUGGGCAGAUCCUGGGGCAUAAGGUGGAUGGGCAGAUCCUGGGGAACAAGGUGGGUGGGCAGAUCCUGGGGCACAAGGUGGAUGGGCAGAUCCUGGGGACCAAGGUGGAUGGGCAGAUUCUGGGGACCAACGUGGAUGGGCAGAUCCUGGGGACCAAGGUGCAUGGGCAGAUCCUGGGGACCAACGUGGAUGGGCAGAUCCUGAGGCACAAGAGAGAUGGGCAUAUCCUGGGGACCAAGAUGGAUGAGCAGAACAUUUCCAACUGGAUAUUAGAAAGAAAGAACCUAAGGGCUCAGCUGGACAGUAUGGGGGAUCUAGAGAAAUGGCUGCAAGGAAAACCAAACCUGACCGCGUUAGAGACACGGGUGCAAGAUAAAAUGGCCGAGAGGCGUUUACAAAGUCGGAUGUCGCAGCAGACCAAUCGGGAUACAGCCAGCUGUGAGGCGGAGCGAAGCGUCCCGAGGAGGAGCUCGCAGCGCAGUGCGGUCACGCCCUCCAUCCAACAACCCGCCCCCGAGGCUCUGGCCAUCCUGGACUCGUAUCUCCAUCAGCGCCGCCUCCGACUCGUCGACCUUUACAACCAAACGGACAAGAGGAAGAGGAAAGAGAUCUCCAGCAAGGAUCUGAAGUCCGUCCGGAAAGAGGCCGAUAUUCCCAUCAGUGAUUUGCAGUUGGAUGAUUUGGUCAUCUCCCUCGGGAACAAACAUCCGAAUUGUAUGAACUACAAAGAGCUCUGCGCCGGACGCAACCUGUGGUGGAAGAAGAACCUGGGAGGACGUCGGAAGGGAGUGUCUGUCAGUCUGGGGGCAGGAGCUCCUGUGAAGUGUUUGCGACCUUCUAGUGACCAGAAAAAUGACUCCGGUGGGACUCGGCCCUCUUCGGCGCUCUCCGUCUCCUUGCUCAGCGUUGGGGAUACGAAGACGAGAUCCCCGCCGGGCCGCAGUGCCCAUAGUGAGGGCAGUGAUUCCCGCUUUCUCCAGGUUCCUCCUGUCAGUCUGGAUGAAAUGCGGCCCCUCAGCUACGAGGACAUGGAGGAGAUCGGGAAGAACUAUCGGGAGAGGAAGAGAAGAGCGAAGAGCAACACACGUCUCUUGGACUGGUUAGAUCAGUGCCGUUUGGUGCGAACGGGCAACGCCGCUGUUGACGCCCAUUCCCUACCGUCUACGCUGGGGGAGGAGUCGGCCGAGCUGGUGGAGCAGUUCAGAAGGCGGGGCCUACAACAAUAUCAUAAGAUCCUAAGACUGUGCCAAGCCUACGACGUUCCCCUUACAGAGGAGCUGCUGGAGGAAGCUUUAUUAUAUCCUGGAGACAAGCUGAUCUGUGAAUCAGGAGAUCAGCUUCCCCUCCGACAGCCAGGCGUUGGCCUUUCCUCCAAGGACAGAUUCACGAGGAAGAGCUCCGCUACAAAAAAGCCCAAAGGAAGACACAAUGUGGAGAAGGAUCCUGAGAGUUCUCCCAGACACUGUAAUGGUCCAUACCCCCCCAACACUUAUGUUGCCUGGGUAAAAACCAAAGUGAGAGGAAAGAAGAAAGCCGGGACAGAAACCCUGAGAUGCUGGACGACCUUCGAGCAAUUUCAGGAGAUGAGUGGGAAUCUGAAAAGGAAAUUCCCCCAUCGCUUCUACACCUCUGACGACAACGCGUUUUGGCCCGGUCAGCUUGUGGAGAAACUCCGCUUCUACCUCCCACAGGCUGCCGAAUCCGAUCCACACCGUCCCCCGAGAAAAAGCCAGGCCACCCACCCAGGAUGAGACCCCCCCCUCCCAACUCCAUCUAAUGACUGAGCUUUUCCUGCCAAUCAGAUGUCAAUAAAGCUUACAUUUAUUACA